AUGUGGUCGCCGUCGCCCGUAAAAGGAUCAGCCUUACGCCUCUCGAAAUCGACCUCUGCGCCCACCCCGCCCCCAAUCCGCCCCCCGCUUCCCCCUUGCGCGCUUCCCCCCUGCGGGCUUCUCCCCGGCCUCCGCACCGCGUCGUCUUCUGCCGUCCCCCGCGUCGCUGCAUCAGCCGCCGCCGCCUCCGCCGCCGAUUUUCCCGCAGCCGGAUCCGGCCCCGGCGAGCCGCCUUUUAAUAUCAAUCCGGAGGAGCUACAGGAGGAGCUUUCCCGCGCUUUCCGCUCCGCCAAGAAGCAGUCUAAGGUCGCACUGCGGAAAAUAGCGGACGGCACGGCGGGUGCUUUGCGCUGCGCGCAGAGCAAGGUGGCGGAGUUUGAGCGCGAGAAUGACUUGCGCGGAAAGGCGCGGGAGGCGGUGGGCGCGGCGAACGAGCGGCUCGAGGAGGUCGCGUUCGAGGCGGAGAGGCACGCGUUUCGGUUCGACGCGCAGUUUGGGGUUUCAAGUAGAGUGGAGGAGAUGAAACGUGCGGUUGUCAGUGCGGCGUACGAUGUGGACUGUAACUUGCGGAUCCGACAAAGAAUGCGAGACAUGAUCAAGGAGAUACAGUACCAACUACCAAAGUAUCUGAAGCGGUGGGCGGAGUUCAGAACCACGCCGGCCGGCCAGCUCGUCAUGUUUGUGGUAUUUGCAUGGCUCCUCAUAUCCGGCUGGCUAGCGCAGAUCUUCCUCUGGUCGCUGUGCAUUGUCCCGCUCCUCCCGCUGCUCGCCAGGGCGCUCGCCAAAGCAGCCUUCGUUGAGGGUGAUUGCCCCUCGUGUGGAGUUCGUUUCAUCGGGCCCCGGCGCGAGCUGCUGAUCUGCCGGGGAUGCCACCACGUGGUGUGGACGCCCAAGGGCUGGGGAUUCCCAAGAAAGGCUCAAAGCUCCGCUGCUAAAAGCACCACCAGUAGCAGCAGCAACAAAGGUGCCGGUGGGGAUAACAGCAAGCGCAGUGCACGUGGUGCUGGUGACGAUGGCGAGGUGGAUAUUAUUGAUGUUGUGGCUAUCAGCCCAGCAGGAGCCUAG